UUGUCCGUUUUACAAACCCAAAAAUGGAGUAAAUGUGAAACAUGAGAGCCACUUCACCUCGCAUAAUCUCUUAAAGACAGGAUGGGACUGACUCGUGAUCAGCCUGAUUAAAACAAGUGGACGUGGUACUCAGCUGCUGGAAAAUAGGGUUGUCAACAUUGAACACUGAAUAGUCCUCUGUCACUCAACAUUGCUCUCUUGUGGAAUUUUGAGGCUACAACACCCGUACUGGCCAAGAGAAGAUAUCCAAACAAGAUGCGGCAUCCUUUGAAGCGUGUUUGACCUUCUAAAGAGCUUCACACCUAGAUCUCUAGAUACAACAGUGGCACAAGACUGUCAUCUAUGUGUGGGAUAUGAUUAUCGGCUAGAGGUUGAGUCCAAGAAGCAGCAAAUUGAGUCAAAAAAGAAACAUUUCCUAAAAGGCGGAUGGAAGCAUUUUCAAAUAGCACAUCACCUACAGCCACAGCAGCUCCAAAUGGCACAAGGAAGUCCACUUCUCACAGGUGGGAGUUCCUGGUGGCGGUCCUGGCCGUAGCCAUCUUCCUCGCCAUUCUCAUGGCCGUCGUGGCUAAGUGUCAAGUGAUUAGGCGCUACCUGGCGAGCUACCGGCACACUCGGCUAAGAGAGUCAGACACAUUCAACCAGUGUGAGCAAUCGUCAGGCCUGGAGGUGGACUUUGACCCCCACCCUCCUGUGAGUGCUGAUGACGAUGAUGGCUUCAUUGAGGACAACUACAUCCCAGCAAGUGAAAGAGAGAGAGCUCGAAGAGAAGCAGAGGACAUGGAGGACACAGAAGAGGAGAUGGAUGAAAUUGAAUUCCCCAUCACUUAGAAAGAGUGGCAUACUCUGACGCAUAAAUACCUGAACUCCCAAGUGAGCCUAUACAACCAAAGACAAAAUGGGCACUUAACAGCUGAAGCAUGCAGGAUUCUGGCAUGAUCAUGCUUGCAAGUCAUGGACACAAUGGUCUGUCAGGCUGUCAUUCAGGUGUGCAGAUUUGUAAAAAAAUUUUGGGAUAUGGAAUACAAACCAAAUGCAUGCCCUAUUUGUUUUAUGGCCGCAUAAAAUAGAGGUUUUAAUACCUGAAUAUCAAAGCCAUUGACGCAUUUAAAGAAACUUGAAAUCAUGCCUGAAUCAAUCAUAUUAAUUGCAUUUUUCUUCAUUUUGAAGCCCAGGUUUUGAAGAGAAAUAACUCUCUUUGACUGAUGGCGCUAUUGUUUGUAUUGAAGUAUGUGUGGAAUUUAUUUUUAAACAGCUUUUAAACUGUUAGCAUAUUCUUUGUUUUAAAGGGAAAAUCUUU